CUGCGACAUCUGGCAAUGUUGGCCUCGAACGUUUUGUUUUCGAUAAUCAGAAAGCGCUGUCGUAGCUAAAGUAAAUAAAGGUAAAAACCGAUCGCAAUACGUGGUGGGCAAGAUAACGCAGCGACGCAGACGACGAGUGGGACUGUCCGGCGGAUUGGCGGCAGCGGGAUACGGCGGAUACAACGGCAACAAGAUGCACCAGGAGCACAUGAACCUGCAUGAGCCCGUGGACUUGAACAAGUCCCUGGACGAGAUGACGCCGGAGGAGCGAAUGCGAGUGCAGCACCAACUGAUGGUGGAAAAACAUCGCGGCCACGAUGCCAUGCACUCCGAGAUGGUGAUCAUUCUGUUCGUCACCCUGGUCAUUGCCCAGAUCAUCCUGGUCGAGUGGAAGAAGCGGCACUACAGAUCCUACGCUUUCGUCACCCUGCUGGCCAUGUGGCUUAUUCCGCUGAUCAUCUCCUGCAGCUUCGGCUGGCUGCGCUUCAUAAUCAUCUGGCUGGUGUUCACCUGCAUCACGGCACUGGUUAUGCGGCGGGCCAUCAGCAAGCCCAUCCAGGGCACAACGCCUAGGCUGGUCUACAAGUGGUUCUACUUCAUCUACAAGCUCAGCUAUGGCCUUGGCCUGGUGGGCUAUCUGGUGAUCAUGGCCGCCUUCCUAGGCAUGAACUACAUGUUCUCGCAGCCACCAAACACCUGGAUGGAUGUGGGCCUGAUGUUCUGCUUCUACGGGCUGUACAUCGGCGUCCUGGGGCGUGAUAUAUCCGAGAUAUGUUCGGAUAAGAUGGCGGCAGCUAUUGGCUACUACACACCUCAGGGCAUUCCCACCCGACACCUUGAUCAGAAUGUCUGCGCAGUGUGUGGCAAUCAGUUGCUGGUCUCGGAAAAGGAAGAGGGCGUCAUUGAGAACACCUACAAGCUGUCUUGUAACCACGUAUUCCACGAGUUCUGUAUUCGUGGCUGGUGCAUUGUGGGCAAGAAGCAGACGUGUCCCUACUGCAAGGAAAAGGUUGAUCUCCAGAAGAUGUUCCGCAAUCCCUGGGAGAAGCCGCACGUGUUGUACGGUCGCCUGCUGGACUGGAUUCGCUGGCUGGUGGCCUGGCAACCGCUCAUCUUUUUCAUAGUACAAGGCAUCAACUGGAUGCUGGGACUGGAGUAGAUCCUGAUCUCGGCACUGGCUUUCCUCGGCGUCUAGUCAAGCACACACACAUCGGAUUAAGUCCUGCACAUGUAACCACACGGAAAACACGAUGAUGGAGAAACAACGACAGACCAACCUGGAGGGGCUGCGAAACACCCGCACCACUAGCACCGUCGCCGUUCAUUCCCCCGCUCCCCUCCACGUCACCAUUACAUGAACCUGAACCAUGAUGACGAUUACGGAUGAAAGAUCUGUAGACGAAUGUCAUUGCCAUCCAAUCUGUUUGCGGGUUUCCAGUUCUGUGUGUGGUUUGCUUUUGGGCACCCAAAUUUUCCUUUUCCAUUGGAGUCUUUAAUCGAAACGUAAAUGCAAUUUUGGAUAUAUGUAUCUAUAUCUAUAUAUUAUACAUAGCUAUGUAUUUAUGUACAUAUGUGUGCCUGUGUGUAUGUCUCCUAGGUAUUAUUACCAAUAUUAUUUUCUUGAUUUUACUUAAUUGCACUGGAGCUGGUUAGAAAUAUACAUAUACCAAAAAAUCUAUUGA